AUGUCUUCGACUAUACAACUACGUGUAGCGGGGCCGAGUUUUUCUGAGCUGCUCACAAAUGGAAGAGAAGUUCCAAUAAGCCUGACUGAAUGUUGGUACCACACUCACGCAUCAGCCGCCUCCGAGUGUCGUAGGACCGGCCAACACCUCUGCCUACAGUGGGAACUUGACCACGCCUCCAAGGAGGGCUACCCGGCCACACCUCCCUCAUGGUAUGCUGAUCCUGACAGCCAGGCCGUGCUGACCGAGACCGGAGUGACCUACCACGACCUGCCGCUGACCACCCGGUCUCCAGGCUUGUGCUGCUCCCUCCCGAUGACCUACCGAGACCCAGUCAUCACUCCCAAGAGCUACCAGCUCGCCGACCGUGCUGGGCAGGCCAGUGGUUGUUCCGACCUGGCAGCGCAUCCCUGCACCCUGGCCGAGCUGAAUGAAGCUUAUAAUCGAGGUUACAGAUCCAACAUUUGGCUGUAUUUCGCGAUACCCAACCGUGAUGCUUCGGUUGAUGAAUGCGAAAUUCAUCAUGGCGACGAGUGUUACCAAGGUACCAUAUCAAACACACCAAGGCCAGUCGCGCGUUUGCGAGUGUACUGCUGCCCAAACCAUGCUUAG